CUGGGGUUGCUUAACUCAAAACCCAGUUACCAGAAGCCCUCACACCACGGCACCAUGAGCAAAAAGAAAAAGGAGUGGAGAGCGGAGAAAGAGCGCCUUCUCAGCCUUAGCCUAGAGGAUAGACGCAAAGAUUAUCGAGGAAACUAUCUGGAACUGGACAAGAUCCCCACCUGGGCAAAUCAUGACAGUAAUACAGCUACCGAGGAAGAAGAACACCAGUCUUCCUCCCUGGCUGACAAAGUGUCUCUGUACAAAGGUGACAUCACCAUCCUGGAGAUUGACGCCAUAGUGAAUGCUGCAAACUCUUCUCUGCUUGGUGGUGGAGGAGUGGAUGGCUGCAUACACAGAGCCGCGGGUCAUCUCCUGUAUGAAGAGUGCCACUCGUUAAAUGGCUGUGACACAGGAAAAGCCAAGAUUACCUGCGGCUAUGACCUCCCUGCUAAAUAUGUGAUCCACACUGUCGGCCCAAUCGCCAGAGGAAAUGUGGGCCAGUCCCAAAGAGAUGACCUUGAAUCCUGCUACUAUAGUUCCCUCAAGCUGAUGAAGGACAAUAACUUGAGAUCCGUGGCCUUUCCAUGCAUAUCAACAGGAAUUUAUGGUUUUCCCAAUGAGCCGGCUGCAGAAAUUGCCCUGAAAACCGUGCAGGAGUGGAUCGAAAAGCACCAAGAUGAGAUCGACCGUGUCAUAUUCUGCGUCUUUCUGGAGACAGAUUAUGAAAUUUACAAGAGGAAGAUGUCAGAUUUCUUCUCCCCAGAUAAUGACGACCGCAAGAAAGAAGACGAUGGCAAAAUGGAGCAAGGUGAAACACAGCCUAUGGAAGGAGACGGUGGUGAUGAGGAGGAUGGUGAUGAAGAUGGUGAUGAGGAUGAUGAGGAGGAUGAUGAUAAAAAAGAUCAAAAGGAUGUUGAAAUGAUGAGCCAGACAGAGGAAACCCAAGAAGAUGUGCCGAUGGAUAGCCAGAAGCCAGCUGACAGCUCCCAAGCCGAGACACUGGACAAGGAGAACAAAACGCCUGAAAAGGGAGACCCAAGAGUUGAAGGGAGUCCAGCGGCCAAGAAGAAAGAUGAACAGGAGCUGAAGAAAGACAAGGGAGACGACCCGCUAGUCCUUGGCGAGGAGAAAGAGCAAAGCCCAGGAAAGAAGAAGAUGCAGAAAGGCCAGGCUGAUGAAGAGGGGAAACCGGUGGAAGACUCAACAAAGAGUGCUGACACUGGGCCGGGCAUCAGUCAAGAGGAUCUCAUGGAGGUUGAGGCUGAACAACAGACAACUUUGACAGUGAUCACCUCAGAAGCUGAUAAAAAUGUCACCGCAACCAAGGAGAACACCAGCAGCAGCACUAAAGAUGAAGUGAAUGCCCAGGACAAGAGCUCUAAGGAGCCCGACUCCGCUCCAACUGACAGCAGACCAAAUUCUGAAGAUGGCCAAGGCAAGAAGAGCGCACAGGAAUGAGACGACAAUCAGCCUCACAGGAAUGAGUGCCGGCAAACUGUGUGAAGGCAAACAUCACACCAAUUUUGUCCCACGCCAGGGAGUCGCCCACAAACACUGGGAAAAAAAAAAGAGUUGACCCCCACCUCAUUCACCAUCUUUCCUUCUAUUCAACCUGUAUUUCCUUUCCUCUUCCUCAUCCUGAUAAUAAAUCAAAAAAAAAUCUAAAUGUAUAGCUAUAUGAAAAUAAAGGAACAAAUGAGAGAUUUGAACAUAUCAGAGAGAGUGCAGGGAUUGUGGAGCUGGAGGAGGCCGCUAUACCUCACUGACAUGCUGCUUGAUCCAUACUUAUUCUCAUUUUAUAUUUGAUGUUUUUUUUUUUUUAAUAUGGCAUCUUGGUGCUGGAUUUGAAUUAGGCAGAUCGGUCAGAAUGCUUCCUAAAAUUAUUAGUUAACCUUUGAUUUGUUGUCAGUGCAUAGCCAAGGCUGGAUUUUCCACUAGUAGUGCACGACGAUUCAAACCAAAUGCGAUCUGUUUCCACCAAUUAGUCUUUCUUUCAGGUGAAAAAAAGCAAACACUAAAAUGGCUGUAAAUGUCCGUUUCUGAGUGAGUGCGUGUGCGUAUAUAUCGACGAUGUCACUUUAAAGAUUUUCUGGCUUUGCGUGUGAGCUUCAGAACCAAGUAGGGUCAAACGAGGAGAAACGUGGCUUGAUUGCUAUCUGCUAUGGAGUGGUGACAUUCCUCCCUCCUGCACGCUUUUUUUUAAGAGGUGUCUGUUCGCUCUUCUGCUUUGAAACGACACAUCACGCUCACAGAGCCGCCCUUUAAUCUCUCAAAUGAGCAAUGAUCAUGUUUUAUCUUCAAAGCUGCUCUGAAUGCCUGUUGAAAAAAAGGAAAAAGCCUCUGUUGUGUCAGACUGACGUGGCCGUUUUUUGACGAGUGCGCUAACGAAUUAAUUCCCUCCCUCCAACGUGUUUAGAUGCAUGCCAGCAUUGUUUCAAAUCUUUUAUUUACAGUCCCUCUCUCUCUCUCUUAGUCGUUUCACGAGCAGUUCUCAAUAUUUUGACCAGAUUGUCUCUGCAUCUCUAAAAAUCUGCCUUAUUUCAUGAGAUACGUAGUAAAUAAUUAAAACGGUGAUGGAAAAUUUAAAAGGCCAAUUGUAAGCGUGUGGCUUUGAAUGAAUUAAUGCUACUUAAGAUGAUGAUUGAUGCAUUUCUUUCUUUAAACAACGAUAACAAUGACAAAAAAAAUCUAUAUGUUUUACGUCUUUUCCUUUGGGUUCUAAUUUGGUUGGUUAGUUUUUCUUGCAUAUGAUUUUUUAGGUUGUUGAUGAUUAAACAGUGUAUUCAAGAAGUUGAUUUCCUCCUUUAAGUGGUGCCAUACUGUAUAUCAGAUGAAUUUCUGCCUUCAUCCUUUGAUGUUUGCUUUGCUAUAAAACAACUAUGAAUAAAGGUAUAAAGUUGUUUCCCUGGGAA